AUGGGUGCUCUAGAAUUUCCAUCAGAAAGAAUAGCAUUGGCGGGUCGAAAAGCAAUUGGUCGCAAUUCAGAAUAUGCGAGGAUGCUGAUGCAAAGGUUAGGCAACGACGAGACAGAAAUACGAACAGGUUGGCGGUCGCAGCUUUAUUUCGUGUUCAUGAGUCGAAAAGGGUUCGACGAACUGAACGAGAAGAAUAUCGGUGAAGAUGGCGCCGGCGCUUAUCCUCUGCCCUCUUUUGCUCGUAUCCUCUAUCUUUCAAACGUUCUGGAAUUAGGUGAAACCAGCAGCUCCCGCAGUCUUUUCCCUGAAACCUCCAUCGAUGGAGGGACGUCUCGUUCGUUGAACGAGAAGCAUAUCAUGAUCUCGGUCACAGCAGCACCCGCACGGCACAUCGACGUCAACUUCAAGUUGUUCGUGCGGGUGAGAAGGUCGAUAGUCCAUGCAGCGCGUGCACCAUCCCGCAAGAUGAUUACUGAGCCCACACUGGAAUACGACUGUCAAUGCCGUAUCCAAGAAUCUGCCAGAAACCGACUCAACGGCGCACUGACUGCUAGGCUUGACAGAACCAAGUUGGACGGUACCCUCAAUGCGUGCACGGAUGAGACGCGGUCAAAAUUAGAUGUCGGUAGCGGCCAAUCGCCUAUCGUUCGAGUUUGGACGGAGGAUGGAGGUGCUGUCGAUGAGGCGAGCACAAUGGCCAAUCGACGCGUAGGGAGAAGUGUGAAAGCUCGGCAACUCACCACAAAUACUGUCUGGACUCUGGAGACGGAGUGCUGGUUCCUUUCUUCCUCUCGCGUUCAAGUCCGAGUUUGGGUAGUCAAACGAAAACGAACCCUUCACCAAGGGAAGGAAGAUGGCAAGAGCGCGUCAUUCACCCUGACAAGGAGGAGGCUGUUUGUGCAGGAGGAGCGGCGGAUUCAUGUUGGAUCUCACUCUCGCCUUCAAGCUCCACUGUUCAAAAAGCGACUUUAUGCCUGCGAUAAAUUCGCCUCAACCCACACUCAAAGUUUCUCUUCUACGCCUCUCACCUACGCCAAUAAGCACGGCGUAAUCCCUAUAUUACCCAAGUCCACGGUCCGGCUUUUUCAAGCACACGCUUGCUUCCCCUCAAAAGCCUCGUUUGCAGGAUGCGCCCUCAGUUUUGGCGGACGACGAGGUGAUGUCUAUAACGUGAGGCUGGGUAGCAAGUACCUUCUCAUACCUCAGGAUGGUCCAAGCUAAGAAGGCCUUUCUUCGGCACUACGCAAUUCCUCUUUAGCGUGGAACUUUCUACUCGCUAGCAUGGGACCGGGUUAUGUUCGCGCCUCAAGGCCUCGAGGAUAAUCACACCGCGCAUCCGCACUGUAAGUCUACACCUCUCUUGUCUCUUUCAUAAAUUUGGCUACCUUUAUACACCUGGCAUUUGACGCUGGGACAACGGAUACCUCGGUACAAGCGCAGCUGCAGUGAGGAGGCCAGCUAAUUAUUUCAGGGUACUUUACACGCAUGGAAAGCACUUAAAUUUAAUAUAUAACACUUGACUUG